AAACAAGCGUGAAUGUUGAAAGUACAGAAACAAGUUUAAACUGUAUAAUAUAGCUUGGAAAAUUAAAUAUAAAAUUUAUAAAAACAAUUCAAAAAUUGGACUUUCAAUCAAUGAAAAUUAGUGAGCUUACAUUGAUGUCUAUUUAAAAUUUACGUCUGUUUAUAAAGUUAGUAAUUUUAGGGAUUUCAAAAAUGAAUAAAAAAUUCCAUUUGGCUUCAAAACUAUUCCAAGCCACUAUGUAUUCAAAGAAACCUCACCUUAUGUCUAAAAUCCUUUGCUUUGCUGAAGCAAUUCCUAAAGAGAAAUCAUCUGUAUCAUCUUGCAUAAGUUUAAAGUUGAUGCUUAGUAAAGGUUUGGUCAAGCAUGUUAGUCCAGGAAUUUUUAUACUCAUGCCACUGGCAGUAAGAUCUGUUACAAAGUUGUGCAAUUUAGUUGAUGCAAUGAUGCAUAAAAUCAAUGGUCAGAAAGUCACAUUUCCUUCUCUUAUUCCUGAGCCUUUGAUGAGAACUUCUGGUAGAUGGGAAGGAAAUGACAAUUUAUUCAAAUUACAAGACAGACAUAUGUCAUCUUUUUGUCUUGGAGCUACACAUGAAGAAGUUGCUACAUAUCUUCUGUCACUUGCUCCUCUUUCAUAUAAAAGUCUGCCAUUACGUUUAUAUCAGAUAACUUCAAAAUUCAGAGAUGAAAUGAAUCCAAAGUUAGGCCUAUUACGAGGAAAAGAAUUUCUCAUGAAAGAUAUGUAUACUUUUGAUUCUAGUGAAGAAAAUUCUCAGUUAACAUAUGAAGCAGUAUGCAAUACAUAUGUUGAAUUUUUCCAAAUGCUUGGCAUUGAUGCAAUAAAAGCUAAGGGCUCUAGUGGUGAUAUUGGUGGUAAAUGUUCACAUGAGUUUCAUUUAAUCUCUGACAUUGGAGAAGAUGAAAUAUUUUACUGUCCAAAUUGUAAAACAGGCAUAAACAAAGAAUUGCAUGAUGGCACUGAUGUUCUUUGUGAGUCCUGUAAUAUUCCUGCAAAAAAGAGUAAUGCAAUUGAAGUGGGCCAUGCCUUUUUACUAGGAACUACAUAUUCUGGUCCAUUCCAGGCGAAAUAUGAUUCUUCAGAAAAUACUCCCGAAACAUUACAAAUGGGAUGUUAUGGCCUUGGCUUAACAAGAAUACUUGCUGCAUCAGUUGAAUAUUUGUCAAAGACUAAUAGUAUUCGUUGGCCAUUUCUCUUGUCCCCGUAUUAUGUAUCAGUAAUUCCACCAAAGAAAGGAAGUAAAGAGGAAUCUGUAACGGCUUUUGCAAAUCACUUUGCCGAGAGUUUGAGCAAAGUUGGUUGGCUGAAUUCCAAUGUUAUUGUAGAUGACCGAACUAAUUUAACGAUCGGGAAACGUCUUCAAGAAGCAUCUUCUUUGGGAAUUCCAUAUGCAGUUGUUGUUAGUAAGCGAGCCCAAGAAGAUAUUCCACAACUUGAAGUUAUUGAUGUCUACAACGAUCAAACCAAUUUUCUCACACAUAAAGAAGCUAUGUUUUAUUUCAGAGACAAAAACUUCUUAUGACUAGAGUAUAAUUUAAUGAAUAAACAUUUUUAACCUAUA